AUGGUUACGUUUUUGCAUAGGAGGUGCCAGACUUUGGAGAAUAUGACUCACGCUAUGGUAACACAGACACCUAGCGCACAGGCUACUCAAAAAACCUGUUCCGUCUGUAAUAAGCACGACCACGUCAUCUAUUCUUGCCCAUCGUUCGCCAAUUUAAGCCCAAAUGACCGCUGGAAGGAAUCCAAAAGAGCUCAGCUGUGCAUAAAUUGCCUUAAACCAGGCAAUCACGUGCAGCAAUGCAAGUCUUCUGCUUGCCGCCGGUGCUCACUGAAGCACCAUACGCUACUGCAUUUUGCUCAAACGGAUCAGACAAUGCCUAGUGCAGCUGAGGUCUCACCUAGUCCACCACAGCAAACAGCUCUCGUUGCCAUGGGAACAACCAGCGACUCACUCUCAUCCACUUCACACGCCGGCUCAAACGAAUGUGUGCUACUUGCGACUGCCGUUGUCUUAAUUCAGAACAGCGCGGGCUCGCUUGUAACAUGUCGCGAAACCCUCGACUCUGCUUCGCAGCUUAAUUUUAUAACGACCAGACUUGCCAAUCAAUUACAGCUUAAACAA